AUGUCGUCAACGGCCGAACUGGAGGACAAGUUGACGCAGCAAGGCAUCAAAGCCCAGCGAUGCCCAGCAUAUGCCCCUGCUGAAUUGUUCUUCAAGAAGCGCCAACAUGUGCAUCAGCAUUCCCCGAUGGGUUCGAUGCUGAUUGUGAUCGCGAGAACUAGCAGCCACGUAACACCUCUUCGCCAAGCUAUCUUGCACAUCGAGAACCAGAUCGUGCGGAAUGAUUGUAUUCAGGCCAAUCGCCUCCAGGAACAGCUCACUGCCGGCAGAGACGUCUUCCCACACCCUGGUACAUGCCACAGCAUCGUCUUCAGUGGACACAAGUCAUGGUACCCUCUUCCAAUCUACCAUAGCUCUUUCAACACCUUGCCAGAGACUCUCUCCAUUGAGCUGUUAGAACAGGCAGCUAUACAAGGGAGAGAAGUGACCUUACUCGUUCGCGGCAUGCCAGGCCAUUCGACCUACCCCAACAUCCUUAAGCGCAUUCAUGAGCGCUUUCCGCACCUAGUGGUCCGCAUCACGUUCGCGUUGCGCCCAGAAUUUCUGCUAGCAGCCAACUGCUGCCUGCCUCCUGUCAACAUCCAGCAACCAUUUCAAAUUCCCGUUACUCCUUCGCCGGCAAGCCAACUCUUCUUUACAGACUUGUGUAAUGCUCGCUUCAUUACUCGCCAGUACGAUCACCCACAGCAGCAACACCACCCAUCACGGAAGCGAUUCAACGACAUUGCAAAAGAGGAGACUGGAGCUCGCACACGCGGUCUACCUGCUGCGCUGGCGUGA